CGUCAGAUGCAGUUUUAAAUUCAUUCGGAUCUCGAUCGGACGUUUUCUUCUGACUUGAAAAAAAAAUCGACCGGGCAGGAGGAUCGAGAUUCGGAUCGGAGUGCGCCCACCCCCACUCUUUUUUGGAAUUUUUCUUUUCCAAUUGUGUCGGAAAAGUCUUCUUCGCGGCGAGUGUGUGUGUCGAUCGGUGUACCUGUUGCAUGCGCGUGUGUGUGUGAAGUUUAUAAAAAGAAGUCAAAAAGAAGUGUGUGUGUUUGCUGCAUCAACAAAAAUAAAAACACCGAAAGACGUGUGUGUGUUGUUGCUGUCUGUAUAACAGAAGUAAUUUUUGGUAACUUGCAAUCCUCCAGAGCGGCGGCGAUCAAGGAAUAGAUACGCAGAAAAGAACCAUCCACUGUGGGAUUUGUGAAUAAUAUAUUUAUCAGCAUGAAUGAAUAAACAACGUGGAGGAAAAAGGAUAAGGACGACGAAGAAGCUGUUGGUUAAAAUUCCAGAAGGAUCACGUGGACUGUAAGAAAUAUAGAGAGAGAGCAGAGGGUUUCCUCAACGAAACGAAAAGAAAAGCAAAGCAUCGAACUGAUUAAAGUCCCGGCCGGAAGUCAGUCCCAGAGUGGAACACGACCCCAACAACAACAACCCAAGAGAGAGAGGGGGAAAGCAUCAAGAGAGCCAUUGAGAUGUUGGAGCUGCGGCUUAUCGCCGUGGUUUUGGUGCUCGGCCUGCUCGCCAGUGAGUGGGCCCAGCCAGUGGCAUCGCAGCGAGCCCCGCAGCAGCAGCAGCAGCAGCAUGGCCGUCGGGACAGGCCCAGGAAUCCGCCCAGGCAAUACAUCAAGACACAUCCCUGCGAGCGAUCCUCCUGCUACCCGGCCACGGGUAACCUCCUGAUCGGCCGCGAGAAUCGACUAAGUGCAAGCUCCACCUGUGGCCUGCAGUCGCCCGAGCGUUUCUGCAUCCUCUCCCACUUGCAGGACAAGAAGUGCUUCCUCUGCGAUACGCGAGAGGAGACCCGCUAUGAUCCGUACAAGAAUCAUAGGAUUGGACAGAUUAUUUACAAGACGAAGCCCGGAACCAAUCUGCCCACGUGGUGGCAGUCGGAGAAUGGCAAGGAGAAUGCCACCAUUCAGUUGAACCUCGAGGCAGAGUUCCACUUUACCCAUUUGAUUAUCACCUUUACCACCUUCCGACCGGCGGCCAUGUACAUUGAGAGAUCCUUUGAUUUUGGAACCACGUGGCAUGUGUAUAGGUAUUUUGCCUACGACUGCAAGGAGUCCUUCCCCGGAGUGCCCACCGUCCUGCACAACAUCACCGAUGUGAUGUGCACCUCGCGUUACUCCAAUGUGGAGCCCUCGCGAAAUGGCGAGGUGAUCUUCAGGGUGCUGCCGCCGAACAUUAAUGUCUCGGAUCCCUAUGCGGAGCAUGUCCAGAACCAGCUAAAGAUGACCAAUCUGAGGAUACAGCUGACCAAGCUGCACAAGCUGGGUGACAAUCUCCUGGACAGUCGCUUGGAGAACGAGGAGAAGUACUACUACGGCAUCUCCAAUAUGGUGGUGAGGGGUUCCUGCUCCUGCUACGGUCAUGCCUCGCAGUGCCUGCCCUUGGAUCCCGCCUUUAUGCCCGAGGAUAAUGAGGAUGGCAUGGUGCAUGGACGCUGUGAGUGCACCCACAACACCAAGGGUUUGAAUUGUGAGUUUUGCGAGGAUUUCUUCAACGAUCUGCCCUGGAAGCCGGCUUUUGGCAAGCAAACGAAUGCCUGCAAGAAGUGCGAGUGCAAUGAGCACGCCGUCAGCUGUCACUUUGAUGAGGCUGUGUUCACCGCCUCCGGCCAUGUUUCCGGCGGUGUCUGUGACAACUGCCUGCACAAUACCCAGGGACAGCACUGCGAGGAGUGCAUGCCGUUCUUCUACCGCGAUCCCGAGCAGGAUAUACGUUCGGAUCAGGUUUGCCAGCCCUGUGAUUGCGAUCCUUUGGGUUCCCUGGACGAUGGCAUCUGCGAUUCGGUCAAUGAUCCCGAAAAUGGAGCUGUAGCGGGAGCCUGUCACUGCAAGACCUAUGUCAAGGGACGUCGCUGUGAUCAGUGCAAGGAUGGCUAUUGGAAUCUGCAACCCGACAAUCCUGAGGGCUGUGAGGCCUGCACCUGCAACAUCCUGGGAACUAUCAACAACUCUGGCUGCUUGAUGCGCACUGGCGAGUGCAAAUGCAAGAGAUUCGUCACCGGCAAGGACUGUAAUCAGUGCAUGCCGGAGACCUUUGGCCUCUCGGAAGCCGAGGAUGGCUGCAGCAUGUGUAACUGCGAUGUGGGCGGAUCCUAUGACAACUAUUGCGAUGUGAUUAGCGGGCAGUGUCGUUGCCGGCCGCACAUGACGGGCAGAACUUGCUCACAGCCCAAGCAGAAUUACUUUAUACCCUCCCUGCCAGAAGUCCACGAGGCGGAGAUCAUUGAUGAGUGCAUAUCUUACGGUCCAAAUGGCAACUGCAGCAUUGUGGCCGAGACUCCGGAUGGUAGCUUCACGGGCAUUGGUUUCACCAGGGUCCCAGAGAACUCUGAGCUUGUGUUCACCGUGGGGGAUAUACCCCGUUCCAUGCCCUACGAUGUGGUCAUCCGUUACCAGAGCACCAGUCGCGGGGACUGGGAGGAUGCCUACAUCACGCUGGUGCGUCCCGAUCAAGUGGAUCCCGAUGGUGAGUGUGGUCAGCUGGCGGCAGCCACUUCCUCGGAGACAAGGAUACCCUUCUCGCUGCCCGAUCGUAGCCGGCAGGUGGUUCCUUUGAAUGAUGUUUGCCUGGAGGCCGGCAAGGUCUACAAGUUCCGCAUUUACUUUGAGAGGAAGCGACACAGCGAGGACACGCCCACGGCCACCAUUUUGGUGGAUUCUUUGACUCUGAUACCCCGCAUUGAUGUCACCCCCAUCUUCACGGGCUCCCCGAUGGCCGAUCUGCGCAGGCGGGAAUACGAGGAGCACAACUGCAACAUCUCCUUGUACGACAUGAGCUACAAAUCGGAUGAGAAUUGCCAGCAUCUGGACAACUUUGUGAGCACCUUUGUCCACGAUGGCGCCAGCAUGUGCAAUUGCAAUCCCACGGGUUCGCUGAGCAAGGUCUGUGACUCCAACGGCGGCUACUGUCAGUGCAAACCGAAUGUGGUGGGUCGCCAGUGCGAUCAGUGUCGGCCGGGCACCUAUGGCUUUGGUCCGGAAGGAUGCAAGGCCUGUGACUGCAACAGCAUAGGCUCAAAGGAUAACAAUUGUGAUCUGAUCACCGGACAGUGCCAAUGUGUGCCGAAUACCUAUGGCAGGGAGUGCAAUCAAUGCCAGCCUGGAUAUUGGAACUUCCCCGAGUGUAGGGUGUGCCAGUGCAAUGGUCAUGCGGCGCAGUGUGAUCCUCUGAAGGGUACCUGCUUGGAUUGUCAGGACUUCACCACCGGCUAUAGCUGCGACAGCUGUCUGGAUGGCUACUACGGAAAUCCCCUCUUCGGCAACGAGAUUGGAUGCCGGCCCUGCCGCUGCCCAGAGACCGUCUCUAGUGGCCUGGCCCAUGCCGAUGGCUGCUCCUUGGACACGCGCAACAACAACAUGCUGUGCCAUUGCCAGGAGGGUUAUGCCGGCGCUCGGUGCGAGAUCUGUGCGGAUAACUUCUUUGGGCAACCGGACAAUGGUGGCACCUGCUCCAAAUGCGAUUGCAGCAACAACAUAGAUCCUUACGACACCGGCAACUGUGACCGCCAGACGGGAGCCUGCCUGAAGUGUUUGUACCAGACCACAGGAGAUCACUGCGAGCUGUGCAAGGAUGGAUUCUUUGGAGAUGCCCUGCAGCAGAAUUGCCAGCAGUGCGAGUGUGACUUCCUGGGAACGAACAACACGCUGGCCCACUGUGAUCGUUACACGGGACAGUGUCCCUGCCUGCCCAAUGUCCAGGGACUGCGUUGCGAUCAGUGUGCGGUGAAUCACUGGAAGAUUGCCUCCGGCGAGGGCUGUGAGGCCUGCAACUGCGAUCCGAUUGGAGCCCUGCAGGAGCAGUGUAACUCCUACACGGGUCAGUGCCAGUGCAAGCCGGGCUUUGGAGGCAGAGCCUGCAAUCAGUGUCAGGCCCACUACUGGGGCAAUCCCAACGAGAAGUGCCAGCCCUGCGAUUGUGAUCAGUACGGAGCGGCGGAUUAUCAGUGUGAUCGGGAGACGGGUCAGUGCGUCUGCCACGAGGGCAUUGGUGGCUACAAGUGUAAUGAGUGUGCUAGGGGUUACAUUGGCCAAUUCCCGCACUGCUCGCCCUGCGGGGAAUGCUUCAACAAUUGGGAUUUGAUCUUGAGUGCCUUGGAGAACUCCACGGCGGCUACGAUCCAGCGGGCCAAGGAGAUCAAGCAGGUGGGAGCCACGGGUGCCUACACCUCAGAGUUCAGUGAGCUAGAUAAAAAGCUGCAGCACAUCAGGGAUCUCCUGCAGAAUACCUCGGUGAGUCUCGUGGACAUUGACAACUUGGAUGCGGAGACCAAUGCCCUGAAGCAACAGCUUAUAGCCUCCCAUGGCAAGCUAAGUGAAACGGAAAAAAACCUAGACGGCAUCUACAACUCCCUGAGCUUGUCGGGUGUGGAGCUUGAAGGUCUGCAGAAUCACUCAAGGCUGGUCCAGCAACUGUCCAAGGAGCUGAAGGAGAACGGCAUCCAGCUGCAAGAGUCUAACAUCGAGGGAGCCUUGAAUCUCACGCGGCAUGCCUACGAGCGGGUCAACAAUCUGUCCACGCUCAAAGAGGAGGCCAACGAGCUGGCCUACAAUACAGACAGGAACUGCAAGCGCGUGGAAACGCUGUCCAACAAGAUCCAAGAGGAGGCCGAGGCCCUGGCCAACAAUGACAAGCUAAUGGCCGAAUAUCGCUCCGAGUUGAGCAGCCUGACCGCUCAGAUCCCAGAGCUGAACAACCAAGUUUGCGGCAAGCCUGGCGAUCCCUGUGACAGCUUGUGCGGCGGAGCUGGCUGUGGUCAUUGCGGUGGCUUCCUCUCCUGCGAACAUGGCGCCAAGACCCACUCGGACGAGGCCCUCAAGGUGGCCAAGGAUGCAGAGACGGCCAUAACCAGCAAAAAGGAUCAGGCGGAUCAAACCAUACGAGCUCUGACCCAGGCCAAGGUGAAUGCCUCGGAGGCGUACGACAAGGCCAAGCGAGGAUUCGAGCAGUCCGAACGUUAUCUCAACCAGACCAAUGCCAAUCUCAAGCUGGCCGAGGAACUGUUUGCCGCUGUGAAUAAUUUCCAGGAGAACAAGACCGCUUCGCCGGCGGAAAGUAAGCAGCUGGCGCUGGAUACCCUCGAACUGGACCUUAAACUCGAACCCAAAGAGAUUGAAUCCCUGGGCACCAAGAUCAAUGAUGCUGUUUCCUCUUUAAAGAACGUGGAGUCCAUCAUCUACAAGACCCGCCCGGACUUGGACAAGGUGAACGAUUUGCAGAGCAUUGCCAAUUCCACCAAGGAGAAGGCCAACAAGAUCCUCGACUCGGCCAACUCGGUGGUGGAGAAUCUAGCGGCCGCUGACGACUCUCAGGGCAAGGCUCAGGAUGCCAUUCAGCAGGCCAAUAGCAAUAUUGAGCUGGCUGCCCAGGAUCUGGAGAAGAUCGAUGAGGAAACCAAUUCCGCCGAGGCUCCGGCCAAUAAUACUGCCCAACAGGUCGAGAAAUUGGCCCAAACCCUGCAGCGUCUCCAGAACAACAUUGUGACCAACGAUCGGUAUGCCAAGGUCAUCUCCAAGGAGGCGGGCCGCAUCAAGCAGGAGGCCAUGAGUGCCCGCGGUGAGGCCAAUAAUCUGCAGUUCGCUGCCAGUGCCACGAACCAAACCCUAACCGAUCGAGCUGAUCGCUCCGAGAAUGCCAGGGAAAGGGCCAAGCAGCUGCUGCAGAGAGCCUCCAAGUUGACCGUCGACACCAAUGCCAAGCUGAAGGAUCUGAACGAUCUGCAGAGCAAGUAUCUCAUCAAGAGCCAGGAGCUGCUCGAUCUGCAGGCGGCGAUUGGACCGCUGAACGAGGUGCUCAACCAGCACCUGAAGCACAUCCAGGAGCAGGCGUCCUACUACAGGCAGUGCUAGGAUUUGGAGAGGAAUUUCCCUAUGCGCGCGCCAUUUGAAUUGCCAUAUUUCAUGAACAAAUAGAAGCAAAACUGCGAAUUACGAGAAAAUCGAGUUAAGAACAACAACAAACACAACAACAACCACCAGAAAGGCAACAGUUAUUAUGUAACCACUGUUAAGUUACCGUUACGUUUUGUACUCUAAGCUUAAAAGAAAAAAACAACAACAACAAACUGCAAUGUUAAUUUUAAAAAUUGAUCGAAAAAAAUACGAAAUGCCUUCAUUUUAUAGCUAAGUUUUUCUUACACACUCUAUCCCCUAUACACAAUUUUUGUAAUACAAUUAAUGUAAUUAAAUAAAACUACUUAAAUGUGGAAA